AUGGCUACGUCAGCAGAUGUCCAUGUACACCUUGGUGGUCAGUUUGGCUACCAGAAUGUCCACGUACACACAUCCAAGGUCCUGGGGACAGGCUCCUAUGGGAGUGUGGUCAAGGCCACUCUGGACCACCUCCCCUGUGCCGCCAAGAUCCUUCACACCGUCUUCUUCCGAGACGACGACCCAGGGGCUGCCGACUUUGCCGCUCGUUUCGACCAGGAGUGCGACAUCUUGCGAGCUCUAAAGCAUCCCUGCAUCGUCCAGUUCCUCGGUGUGGUCCAGGACCCCAGCAGCCGCAGACCCAUUCUCCUGAUGGAGCUGAUGGAGGAGAGCCUGACCGGGUUCCUGGAGCGAGCCAUGACCUCCCUCCCCUACCACGUCCAGGUCAACAUCACCCACGACAUUGCUCUGGCCUUGGCCUACCUGCACGGCAACAGCAUCAUCCACCGCGACCUCUCCAGCAACAACAUCCUCCUGAGAGGAGGAGGCAGUCAGGCCAAAGUGACCGACUUUGGCAUGUCCAAGAUGGUGGAGGCCAAUCCUCGCAUGACUCGCAGUAAGAUCACCCAGUGCCCCGGCACACCUGUCUUCAUGCCUCCAGAGGCCCUGCGUGCCAAGCCUCGCUACUCCGACAAGCUGGACACCUUCUCUCUGGGUGUUGUGACGGUUCAGAUCAUCACUCGCUGCUUCCCCACACCCACAGAUGCUGAGAUAGUGGUGGAGGAUGAAACAUCACCGACAGGAGAGAAGAUCCUCCCAGUUCCUGAGCUACAGCGACGUCAGAGAGACAUAGGGAAGGUUCCUCCCGACCAUGGUCUCCUGCCCACUGCCCUCCACUGCCUCAAGGACAGACCUAGAGACAGACCCAGUGCUGCCCAGCUCUGCCAGAGUCUGGGGCAGCUGAAAGACGGCUGAGGCCUACACAGCCAGUGAGGCAGAGGACCAAGGGAGGAGACUGGAGCAGCAGCUACGACUGAAGGAGGAGGAGAAGGAGGCAGAGAUUGCUCGUCUCCAGGAGCAGAUGAGGCAGUUGGCCACUGAGAAGGAUCGUCUGGCCUCAGAGAAGGAUCGUCUGGCAUCACAACAACAGAGGGAGAUAGCGGAGUUGAGAAGUCAACUGCAGACGUCACACAAACCACCAGUUCAGCGAGGGAGGGAAGCAACGACUGUCUCUAGCCCCAAGG